ACAGCACCGUCGUGUCUGAACCACAUCCCUUGGUUCCUCUUGUCGAGCAACCCCAGUACUCGGCCCAGUCAGACUCUCCCCUAGUUCCACCUUUAUACAGCUUAGACAUUCAACUAGACAAUAUAUUAUCUCAUCAAGUCGCCAGCGAUGGCGGACGUCCGUGAUCUUCGCAUCGUCAUUAUCGGUGCAGGCAUGGGAGGGCUGGGGACCGCGCUCGCCUUCGCAAAGAAGGGCUUCAAGAACAUCGACGUCUUUGAGACGGCGUCAAACCUGGGCUUUGUCGGCGCCGGCAUCCAGUUGCCACCCAAUGUCGUCCGUGUGCUCCACCGUCUCGGAUGCUGGGAUGAGAUCUUCGCAGAGGCAACGAACGUCAAGGGGACCAGCAUAAGGCAGGGCAGCACUAAUGCUGAGCUCUCGCACGUGGAUAUGCCGGACAUCGAAGAGAAGUACGGGUUCCCUCACUGCACGGGACACCGGUCGUCGCUCGCAGGCGGCCUGUUCAACGGGUGCAGGAAGCAGAGCGCCAUCAAGUUCCACUUCUCCACGUCGCUGGUCAAGGUCAACUCAUUCUCGCCCAAGGCCGUCAUCACGGUCAAGCCGCGCGACAGUGACGAGUACACGGUGGAAGCCGAUGUCCUGCUGGCGUCCGAUGGCAUCAAGUCCAGGACCCGCACGCAGAUGCUCGCCGAGCUCGGCACGGAGUCGCAGGAGGAAGACACGGGCCAGGCCGCAUACCGCAUCAUGCUCAAGCGCUCCGAGAUGGAGCACGACCCGGAGAUGCUCGAGCUCCUCAACAGCGACACGGUAGUGCGCUGGGUCGGCGAGAGGCGCCACAUCAUCGCGUACCCCGUCAGCAACAAGAACAUCUACAACCUGUCGUCGGCGCAGCCCGAUACCAACUUUGCCUCGGCCACCAACGCGACCUACACCACCAAGGGUUCCAAGUCAGAGAUGCUGAAGGUGUUCGAAGACUUCUGCCCGCUCGUACACCGCAUGCUCAACCUCGUGCCGGACGGCGAGGUGUGCGAGUGGAAGCUGCGCGUGCACAAGCCGCUGCCGACGUGGGUGCACGGGUCGGUCGCGCUUCUAGGUGAUGCGUGCCACGCUACGUUGCCGCACCUUAGCCAGGGCGCGGCAAUGGCGAUCGAGGACGGUGCUGUUCUGGCCGAAGUCGUCAGCAAGAUACCCGCGGACAAGAUGCACGAUCCCGAGACCAUCACCAAGACGCUCAAGGUGUACGAGCUGCUGCGCAAGCCGCACUGCAGUGAGUUGGUGGCUCUGGCCGCCCACUCUGGGCGCAUCUUGCAUCUCGGGGAGGGCAAGGCCAAGGAGGAGCGGGAUCGCGAGUUCCGCCAGAACGGCAAGACCGGCUCGGUGCCGGACAAGUGGGCCAGUCCGGACGUUCAGAAAAUGAUCUAUUCGCACGACUGGGUCCAGGAGGCGAGCGACAACUUUGAGCGGUUAUAUGCCACUCUAUGACAAUGCCGUUCGCACAAUCGCUGAGGUCCUAAACCUAACAACAUCCGAGUAUCGGUUUGAAGAGCAUAGAUCCCGAUCAUUACCACUUCGUGGCGAUCCUAGAACACACCCCCCCUAAAGGAAACAGAUACCUGCAUAAUUACAAGCUGUAUCGAGGAAGGCAGUAACCAUGAAACCGCGGACAUAGGAAAUCGUCCUGACCAAGCCUCCUCAUAUACCCAUCCCGUGCUGUGCCGUGACGUGACGUAUCCUGCGCCCCUUGUAUCGCGGUGCCUUGUCCUGGGCCCGUGUUCGUCGG